GGACUGGACAUUGGACGAUCUCUCCACUAAACAUAUGGAUGUGUUUUGGAUUAGUCUUAAUUGCAAUUAUUAAAAUUAAGUAUUGCAAAAGUAAUCACCACAUAUUGUCCGACUCUACAGAAAGGAGUCGCUGCCGCCGCCAUGGAUAUGAUCAAGGAAGCUUUACCCACAACCCUUGAUCUCUACCACCUCCCGUUAUCCUCUCCAAACCCCAUCAUCAGAAUAGCAGACUUCGGUUGCUCUACAGGACUCACACCCAUCCAAGCCAUCGAAACCAUAGUACAAUGCCUCUUAGACCUCAUCAAACCCAUCAAAGAACCCCGAUUUCGUACCCUCGAGUUCCAAGCCAUCUUCAGCGACCUCCCCACCAAUGACUUCAACACGCUUUUCACCAACCACCUGCCAGUGAGGCGGUGCUACUAUGCCAUGGCAGCCCCAGGGUCGUUCCAUGGCCGUCUCCUCCCGACUGCAUCCCUACACUUUGCAUACUCGUCCUGUGCACUCCACUGGCUGUCCCGCGUUCCCCAAGAGAUACUGGACAAGUCUUCCCGUGCUUGGAAUGGAGAGAGAAUUUAUUACGUGAACUCGCCCGCUGGGGUCGUCGGGGCCUACUCCGCUCAGUUCGGGAGAGACAUGGAGAUGUUUCUCAGUGCGAGAGCGGAGGAGAUGGUCAGUGAAGGAUUGAUAUUUAUGGUCGUGCCUGGUGAGCCGGAUUUGGUUCAUGAUUCUCAGACCACCUUAGGGUCAGAAUUGGAGCUACUGGGUUCUUGCCUUGUGGACAUGGCAAAUGAGGGGAUCAUAAGCAAAGCCAAAGUAGAGAGCUUCAACUUGCCAAUAUAUUUCCCAUCAGAAAAGGAGCUGAAACAAGUGAUUAGUCGAAACGAAUUCUUCCACAUCGAGAGGAUUCAGACUCUAAGCCACCUCAAAAUGCACGUUGCCUUCCCCACCCCCGAAUCACGCUCUCUCUGCUUAAGAGUGGCAUUAGAGGGAUUAUUGUGCCAUCAUUUCGGCAAUGAACUGAUCAUCGACGAUUUGUUCCACCGUUACUCGCUGAAAGUGGCGAAAUCUCUCUUUUUCCUGAAGCCAGAAAGUCAUGAAUCCAUCUCAUUCUCUGUGGUCCUUAAGCGCAAGAAGUCUGAAGAGAAUAUGUAGGGAUUACGCUGGUACAUACUGUACUUUGUUUCACGGUGGGAAAGAUGCUUUAGCCAGCUACCUUUUCUGGAAGAGAGAAUUGACUUGGAGCAUAAAUCUGAGUUCAAAUCAACGAGGCCGUUAAGUGGAUAUCCCCAACUCAAAGAAGUAUGUACUUCAGUCUCCAUGUGGUGUGCUUCUUUUUCAUUUGAGUUAAUAUUGUUGAGAGAACCCAUAACUGAAGCUGACAAAAUUAUUAAUGAGUUGCAUUGACCUUGAUAAAUGUUAGAGUUGUUUAUUUUUCAGGUUACAUCCACGU